GCAGGGUGAAGCAAGUUAGUCAAUUUCCAUCAUGUCACCGAAAUAUAUGGUGUUGAGGGCGCUAUGGAUGUAUUUCUGUUUGACUUCAACGUUGUCAUCUUCAAAUGAAGAAUCAGAACGGGACUUCAUAAAGCAUGUGCUGAGGAUUCCUAACCCUGACAAAGUCCUGAACUCAGUGUUCGGACGACUGGAGAGCAACCGGCAAGGUCUGAUGGCAAGAGGUAGCUACUCAGAAGAAGCGGAUUGUGAAGAAUCUUAUGAGGGUUUGCCUGAGUAUACGGAGACACUACAAGGGCAAAGAAUAAGAGAGUUGAGACAACUGGGAGCGCAGAAACACUAUCCUAUCUGUCAUCUGGAGAGGAAGAUCAAGCGAUUGAAUACCAACGAAUACGAAUACAGACCAGCUUACUAUGAAGAAGUCAGAUGUCUUUCAUCGAACGUCGAGGAUGUUGGGGUCACCAAUGAGAUAUGUUCCAGUCUAGGAUUUUCGUGUGUUCAAUGGAAUAAAACUAUACACCUGACACGGAGACGCUAUCCUAGUGACUGCUGGGAGACAAAAACCUUGGUGAUACCCGCUGGCUGCGAAUGCAUGUGGCCUGUCCACCAACUGGGAGAUAUGACCCUGCACCUCUGAAGACUUCUGAACAAACCUCGACCUACCCACGUUACAACGAAAUAUGAUCCAUUAUAUUAAUACGUAUAUUUUUGUAAACGAUAUCAGUUAUUAUGAAUAAACA